AUGAGUACCGAUGGUGGUCAUUUUCUGUUCUACACCGUGCAAAGGGGUCAUGUUCCUGGCGUGUAUCGCUCAUGGCAAGAGUGUGAGCAACAAGUCAAUGGCUACCGAAACAGCGAACACAGUGGGUUCCGUGAUUUGGUUGAGGCUAUGGCUUGGCUGCGCAGUGCGGCAGCUCCUCCCGCCCGUCAGCCAACACCACCUAUUCAAACGGGGAGAAGAAGACCUUCGAGUUUGUUAGAGGGGGCCUUCUGUUCAAUCUCUUCAUCCCAGUACCGGGUUGUAAGGGAUGAUCUUGCUGGUGUUUUGGUUGGGUUUUUGGUAACAAAGAUACUUAAUCUGGAUUCUAAUGGAAUACAGUUUGCCGUUGGGUGUAUUGAAGACGAUCCUUGA